AUGCAUUUCUGUGCAUCUGGAAGGAAUAGAUCUUUAAACAAGAAACGGCUGAAAAAAAUGAAAACCCUAAUAAUAUGGUGCCUUGUCUCUCAAGCAAUCAUUCUAGCGGGAAACUCAGCCGAGAAAGGAGACGUUGAUUUUUCCAUACUAAUAAAAAACGAAAUGUACAACUUCAAAAAACCUUCCGUUUUCUACCACUGCCGAUCCUCAAAGAAAGACCUCGGAUGGCACAAGUCGCAACCAUCUUCCGAGUUUCGUUGGAGCUUCGAAGUUCCUCAGUUUGGUAACGGCGUGAUGGUACACAACUGUGAGUUCAGGUCGAGGCUAGGAACUGCUAAUAUCGAGAUCGAGACGUUGUCCACUACGGCUAUUCUAUGCGACGGGCAGACAUGCAAGUACGCGAUUAGACGUAACGGGAUUUAUUUCAUUGGUUACGAGUUGUAUUAUCCCUUUGGAGGGAUUGUUGAGCUGUCUAGGCCUGUUGAGAAGCUAAUCGAGCCGUGGACGCCUUGGUCACCGCAUCAAUUGAGAGAUUUGAACCGUAGUAAGCAGAACCAUUCUUGAUUCGGAUCCUUGGAGUGCCAGUAUAUUAAAUUAUUGAUAAAAUGAAUUCAUUUGUAAGUGAUGUAAAUGAAUUCAAUAUAUUUUGUUCGGUUUUGGAUUAAAGAAAUAUAAGUAAAUUGUAUUGUAUUUUUGCUAUGUACUUGUUCGGUAUAAUUAAGCACUACUAUUACAACGUGGAAUAGAUAAGUCUUUGUUAAAAAAAAAGGAAGAGAUAAGUCUUAACGGUCUACUCUCCAUCGUCACGUGUUGAUUUGUCACCUAACCAUAAAAACUUUUGUGCCGAUUUAUUAAUAAAAAACAUAGACAAGAGUUCAUUACAAAACAAAAGAAAAGAGAGCUAAAUCAAGAAAUCGGAAUGAGGAGCAUCCUUGUAUCAUCCUAGCUUUACUACUUGUACGUUUUGAAGUUGUCUGAAUCGACAUAAUGGAAAAAUAGACACAUAAAAUGCGUUUCAUGAGACCAAAGAUCAUGCGUUCCUAAAAUGGUGUUAGCGUUUUACUCUACGUUGGUACGUGUAGCUUAGCCCAGAGCCUAAGACUAAAAGACUAACUCAAUUAGAAAAUAAGAAACGAUCUGAUUUCAGUUUUUCACAUCCAAAUAAAUUAUAUCCUAAACAGAAAGAAAAAUAUUCAACUCCUUCAAAAUUAUUUAUCAAUUACAUAAAUUUUGUGAAAAAAACUUUCAACAACCAAAAGAUACGAAGCAAACAUGGUUCUGAUACCAUGAUAAGUUUGAUGGGCUUCCAAUUUAAAACUAAUUGGCAAUUAGUGGAUUGACUCAAGUCUCUUAUGUAUUACUCAAGUCUCUUUCAUAUUUCUGAUGUGGGAUCUUCUCUUCAAUACCCUUCCUCGAGAUAAUAGUGCGUAUAACCACUAAUCUCGCAGAAUCCAUCAUACACCCUCCAAAAUCAUGCUUUAUUUUCUAGCGAUUUCGGCGGAACUAAACCUUAUAUGAGCCAUCAGCUAAUGGAAUGAUUGGGUCACUGUUCGGGCCGGAGGCCCGUUCUGAUACCAAUUAAAGUUGCGCAAACACAAAGAUUAUAAGAACUUAUUUUCUUAUUAGAUUUAGAAACUCUCUCAAAACUAAACCUUUAAAUGUGUUUUUCUUGAUGUUACAUCUCUCCAUGAGACUUCUUUAUAUAGGACUAAGCUAUAUCUUUUCCUAAUAAUAAUAUGGAAACAUUGUUAAGCUCGAUAUGUUUUUUUUCCUUAGCCCAUCAAACUUCACUUUAAUGAGUUAACUUGCUCCUCAAAUUAAUUGGAAUUAUCCAACAAAGCAAAUCUCGAUCAAAAUCUGGAUUUAACACCCUUACAAAAUACAACAUAUUCUAAAAUUACAAACCCAAUGGCAAAUGUUUUUAAAAGAAAACUAAAUAUUACCAGAAGUUUGUUUUUUUGUUAGAUUUCUUACAAAACCAAACCGACGAAAAAGGGGAAAGAAAGCUCAUUUAGCAUAAACAUCGAAAACAAACAACUACUUUCGUUUACAUAUAAGUCAGAAAAACAAAAAAAAAAUUUAAAAACAUAACUAUUCAAGAGAGCUAUGGG